AUGCGCUUUCUACUACUUUUAACAUUGGUCUAUACGACAUAUGCUAAUACAGUAACAAUACAACCGCCCGAUGUGCAAUACAGAACCGCAAAAGGCAACAGUUCCGAAGAAGCACUCACUCCGGACAACCCAUCAGUCGAGGACGACUUGCCACCAGCAGUCAACAGCACCUUGCCAAUGACUGAUUUGAUCAAAAGCGAGCUUAUCCAGAAUUUACUCCAAGGUAAUCCUUUUUCGAUCUAA